CUUCCUCCUUGCCUCCGCAGACCGGAACAUUCCGCAUGGUGUCGGAGGAGGAGCAGGGGCUCCGAGCCAAACUGGAGAGGCUCACCGUCAAGGAUCAUGGACCGGUCUUCGGGGUUUGUGACAAGCUGCCCCCCCACACAAUCCAGAAGGCAAAGGACGAGAUGAGCGAGACGGAUGAGAAGCGGGAGAGUGCAGUGAAGGAGCUGCGCGCACUGAUGCAGAAGAAGGAGGACGCCGGAGAGGACGGCGGCAAGUCCGUGGCAGAGCGCAUGCUGGACAAGCCCGACGCCAUCCUCCUGCGCUUCAUCCGCGCACGCAAAUACGAUGUCGCCCGCGCCUACGAGCUCAUUAAAGGGUAUGUCCAUUUUCGGGAGCAUUAUCCUGAGCUCUUUGAGAACCUGACCCCCGAGGCUGUGCGCAGUACGAUCGAGGCGGGGUACCCCGGGAUCCUCUCCAGCAGAGACAAGUACGGCCGUGUGGUGCUGCUCUUCAACAUCGAGAACUGGGACUACGAGGAGAUCACCUUCGAUGAGAUCCUGCGUGCCUACUGCGUGAUUCUGGAGAAGCUGCUGGAGAACGAGGAGACGCAGAUCAACGGGUUCUGCAUCAUUGAGAACUUCAAGGGCUUUACCAUGCAGCAGGCCUCCGGGAUCAAGCCCAUCGAGCUCAAGAAGAUGGUGGACAUGCUGCAGGACUCGUUCCCAGCCCGGUUCAAGGCGGUCCACUUCAUUCACCAGCCAUGGUACUUCACCACCACGUACAAUGUGGUCAAGCCACUGAUGAAGGGCAAGCUCCUAGAGAGGGUCUUCGUUCACGGAGACGAGUUGGAACCCUUCUUCAAGGAGAUCGACGCAGACAUCCUGCCCUUAGAUUUCGGUGGGAAGCUGCCGGCGUACGACGGGAAGGUGACAGCUGAGAAGCUGUUCGGUCCGCGGGUCGAGCCUGAGGACACGGCUCUCUAACCCUGACGCUCCCCAGCGACAGAAGGAUAAGAAAAUUCAAUAAUAGGGUUGUUGUAUUAGAUUUCUGCAAGAGGUGGUCAAGAAACAAUGUGAUUUCAAUCCUGGGAUAAAUAGUCAUGUGAUCACGAGGUAACAGAAUAUUCAUAUCGAGAUCCUGAGAUAAAUGAACUCACAAUCGCGACAUAACGAAGACCCCCCCCACAAUAUAUAUGGACUGGAGAAGAGGGCUACAGUGGAAAAUUAUUGACCCGAGGGAAGACUAUUGUUACCGACAGGGGGCUGAAGCCGUAGGAGGUAACAAUAGUCUUCCCAAGGGGCAUUUAAUUUUCCACUAUGAGCUGAGUCUGCAGAACAUAUUGUGAGGAGUGGAGAUGAAAGAUAUUCCUUUGAAACAGCAAUUCCUCCACCAAUAAGUGCACUCUUCAUCCGAUUAUGUUUGAGAUAUUCCACCGCAAAACUGCUAGCUCAAUAAAUUGAAUAUAUUGAAAUCUCUGUCGACGUCAAAUGUUCAUCCAACUCUUUCUCCUGUGAUCAAUUGGGGCUAAGUUAGAGAUUUGAUUACGAGUACUUUUAGGAUUUUAGACGUCUUACGCAGCGGACCAAGGCAAAUACUAGAAUAGUUAUCUCAUAUUAGAGUGUCCGAAAAUGGUAUCUCUGUUCCAACUGGUUGCAGGCUGGAUCUUAAGCUUGUCACAGUUCAUAGACUUGUUUGUAUAUCAGGCCCUUGGAUUUCAUGUCAGGAGUCCUGUUUGAGUGUCCACAAGGAGUGCUUCCCAUUGGCUGGAUUUAUGAGAUGGACCUGUUUUCUGUCCUCGGUGUCAAAGCACACAAAACUAGUAGUCGUGAAGACAAGACAAGACAUUUGUCAAGUAUUUAGUUUACGACCCUUAAAAAAAUUCUGUCAGUGGGGGAGUUCAUUACCAGAAACCAAAAAGACACAGAGAAUAGCUCAGGAUCUCCCUCUGUAUAUUUCAACUCUGUUAAUUUCGUACACAGAAUGAUAUUAUGGCCCACUCUGACGCUACAACUAAUCUGCCUGGGUUCUUGGCUUCUGUUGGUUUUGUUUUUUUGUUUUGUUUUUUGUGACCUGUAAGACCGGGCUGAUGAGAAUCUGGCUGGCCACAGUUUUUCACCAGGCCUGCUGCUCAAGACAAGCCUUGACGAUGAAGAGAUGCUUUGCGACGCUCACAGUUUUAAUGAGUUGCAAUCAAGGCGAGAAAUUGAACUACCUUAACUGCUAUUGUAUUGUAGUAUUUUGAAAGAGAAGUUAUUAACAUGUAGAUUAGUGUACUUUAUUCAAAAAGAAGCAGCGAUGUUUACAAUAGUCUAUAUUUAGACUGAUGGACUGUGUGAAAGCUUCAGGGAGGGCGGAUGCAAACCUUCGCAGCAGUCCACCAAUUACAAGCCAGCUAGAGGAUAUGCCACUGUCCUAUUGGCUGCACUGAUGCACCCGUACACCAACCAAUAGGAACAAAGCAUUAACAAUACCAGCCUUUUACUGUGAAGAGUGGUUAUGUUACAAAUCUAAGAUUUCA